AUGUCUAAGCUCAUCACUGUUUUUGGUGCCACUGGCAACCAAGGUGGGUCCGUCAUCGAGGCCAUCCUCGCGGAUGCCCAGCUCUCCAAGGAAUUCAAGAUCCGUGGUAUCACCCGCGAUACCACCAAGAAGUCUUCCCAGGAACUCGCCAAGCGUGGAGUCGAGGUAGUCACUGCUGACCUUAGCUCUCCUGAGUCUCUCACCGAGGCCCUGAAGGGCUCCCACACUGUCUUUCUCGUCACCAACUACUGGGAAACCAUGAAUGCCGAUAUUGAGUACGCGCAGGGUAAGAAUGUGACCGAUGCCGCUAAGGCUGUUGGCGUCUCCCACUUGAUUUUCUCCUCCCUCCACCACGUCAAGGAAGAGACCAACGGCCGCCUCACCAAAGUCCCUCAUUUUGACAGCAAGGCCAAUGUCGAGAAGUACAUCCGUGCCUCCGGAAUCGGAUGCAGCUUCGUUCUUCCUGGAUACUACAUGAGCAACUACACCCAGAUGCUCACCCGCUCCGACGAUGGCUCCUACACUCUCUACUAUCCCGUUGGUAACAAGGCCAAGUUCCCCCUCUUCGAUGCCGCUCAGGAUACCGGCCUUUUCACCAAAGUUGCCCUCAAGCACGCUGGUGGGCUGAAGAACAAGCAGGUUCUGGCCGCUUCUGCGUACUACACUCCCCAGGAGAUUGUCGACAUUUUCUCUCGUGUUACUGGCAAGAAGGCCUCCUUCGUCCAGCUGUUCGUGGAGGAGCCCGGUUACUACCUGGGAGAGCCCCUUGAGCCCAGCCUGAAGCUUCUCGAUUCUAAGCCUACCACUUGGGAGGAGUUUGUCAAGAAGAACGUUUCUGCUUGGAAAUAA